GCAGAGUGUGGUGGGGGGGGAGGUUUAUAGGAAGAGCAGAGAGCAGGAGGGUGGGUUGUAGUGUGCGUGAGGCUGGCAGGCAGCAUGGUCUGGGUCUGAGGACAGCUCUGGGAGACGAAGCAGCCGCCUCAGGAACUCCAUGUAGACCAGAGUGGUCAGGUCCAAACAUCACCUGGAUUAGUGCACCUAUCAGGAGGAAAACCACCUGCUUCAGAUAAUCAACAGGAGGGGAAGAACCACCGGCUGGGUUUGUUUUUAUUUCUUUUUUUUUCUUUUUGUUGUGGUUUUGGGAGGUGGGCUCCGGGCUGGACCGCAUGCAUGACACAACGCAAAGGCGAGAAACCCACCAUCAGCAUCCAGGAGCACAUGGCCAUUGACGUGUGCCCCGGCCCCAUCCAGCCCAUCAAGCAGAUCUCCGACUACUUCCCCCGUUACCCGCGGGGCCUCCCCCCCGCUGCGCCCCAGUUUGCGGGCCACGUCGGCCCCCUGCGCUCUGCCCUCUCUACCUCCUCGGCCGCUCCCGCCGCGCCCGCUGCCGCUGAAAGUGAGCGCCCGAAUGAGGACAACCCCGAGCGGGCGUGCGCCGGCGCCUCCGCCUCCCUACAGGCCAUCAGGAGGGACGAGGAGCCCGACGUGGAGGGAUACGACUCGGAUGACUCCACCACGCUGGGAACCCUGGAGUUCAGUUUGCUGUACGACCAGGAGAACAACGCACUGCACUGCACCAUUAACAAAGCCAAGCUUCCUGUCCCCAGAUACAAGAAGGGGCUCAAACCCAUGGACCACAACGGGCUCUCAGAUCCAUAUGUCAAACURCACCUACUGCCCGGCGCCAGCAAGGCGAACAAACUCAGAACCAAGACUCUGCACAACACACUCAACCCCUUCUGGAACGAGACGCUGACCUACUACGGCAUCACUGACGAGGAUAUGGUCCGCAAAACUCUCAGGAUCUCAGUUUGUGAUGAGGACAAAUUUCGCCACAACGAGUUUAUCGGGGAAACACGGAUCCCCCUCAAGAAACUGAAGCCCAACCAAGUGAAAAACUUUAACAACUGUCUGGAGAAACAGCUACCGGUCAACAAGACUGAAGACAAGUCUCUGGAGGAGCGUGGACGGAUCAUGAUUUCCCUCAAGUACAACACGCAGAAGUCGUGCCUGGUGGUGGGCAUCAUACGCUGCGCUCACCUCGCAGCCAUGGACGCCAACGGCUUCUCCGACCCCUACGUCAAAACGUACCUAAAACCCGACGAGAACAAAAAGUCGAAGCACAAAACGGCUGUGAAAAAGAAAACUCUGAAUCCUGAGUUCAACGAGGAGUUCUGUUACGACAUAAAAUAUGCAGACCUCACUAAGAAGACGCUGGAGAUCACCGUGUGGGACUACGACAUCGGCAAAUCCAACGACUUCAUAGGUGGCGUUUCUCUGGGUAUCAAUGCAAACGGAGAGAGGCUCAAACAUUGGUUCGACUGCCUCAAAAACAAGGACAAAAAAAUCGAACGCUGGCACACGCUGACCAACGAGCUACCCGGCUCUCUAAAUGACUGAAGACCUGCUUCCUGUCACCGGUUCUGUUCCCCGCCUUCAUUUUCUUAACCGCCGCCACUGCCACUGGACUCUUCCUCAUGUUGGACGCCUCUCAUCUGGAAUGCGUUUCCUGUCAACAGGGCUCAACUAAAAAAAUAAAUCUCCAAAUCUUAUGUUUCACAUCUUCUUCACUGACAGCAAAGAUCCGCUCAACAGAAUAAAUAACGGUUUGUWCUGAGGCUCGUCAGCUUCCUUUGCAUGGUGGGCGGAGCUAAACGAAGCAGAUGUUUUCUAUUUGAUGAGACCUUUGACUGCAGCUGAGAAAAACCUUCGCUAUAUGAGUCUGGCUGUAAAAUGAAGGGAAAAUAACAGAAAAACUAAAAAAAAAAGCAAAUAUUUCCUCCUGUAAAUAUCCAAAAUAUCCUCACAAACCUUUGUAAGACGUAGUAGCAUGUGGGAGCAGCAGAACGAGAAGAUGUUGCACUUUAAUAACAGUUUAGUGGGAUUUAAACACAAUUAGUUCGUUUUAAAAAUGUGUUCUUUUAAUUUCAGUCACUUUGUUUGUUUUAGAACAGAAUCAAGAAAACAGCUUGUUCCAGUUCCUGAUCCAGUCUUUACCCAAAGAUAUAUUUUACCUUCAGUGUUGUCGUGCAUUCUACGACAAAAACGCGCUUCGGAUUUUCUGACUUUUCUCCUCCACAAGAUUAAAAGAUGUUUGCGUCGUCCAAACUGCUGUUACAGGUUGUUUAGAGGAAUAACAGGAAAAAGCACACUGAACGGGUUGAAAAGUAUGACCCAAACAGAAUAAAGAUAUCUACGCAGCACCARGAGAGACUCC